AGGGAAGAAGAGAAAAUGGGAAAGGGAGUAAAAGGAAAGGAAAGGGACAGAGAGCCUCGGGGAACACCUAAACUAAAGUUUGUUCAGUGAUAUGAAUGAUGAGGCGGUAAAGGACAAUGAGAAGGAGCAGUCAGACAGGUAGUACGGAAACCAGAGAACCUGGGUGGAGAGAGCAUUGAAGUAAAAAGUAUGGUCAACAGCAUAAAAUGCAGAAGAGAGGGUUGAGAAGUUUGAAAACAGAAAAGACCCUCAGAUUUGGCAACUUUGGAGAGAGCUGUUCCGGUUGCUGAUGAGGUUGCCAGCCAGACUGCAAAGAUUUGAGGGGAAAGAGGAAAGUUAACAAUGAGAAUCUGUCCCUUUGCUUAGGUUUAAGAUGCAGCUGUUGUGGUAGGAAAUCUGGUCCCGCAAGCCCCCAGCGCCCGCUUUUUACUCUCCCAGCCCGGAGGCACUGUUUUUUGACUGGAGCUUUCAACAAGUGGCUCUUCCAGAGAGGUCAGUUCGGGGGAAAGGAGCAAGAGUCCCAGGAUGCACCGCGGGGGUCCAGCAACAGCUGCCGUGGGCAGUCGGACUCAAGUGGGGUCUGAGCCGGGUGCAGGUGCUGAGGGCUCAGGCGGAGUCGGAGCCUGGCCGAGCGGCGGCAGAGUUGGAGCCGGAGGCGGGGGGAAGGACUUUGCGAGAACAGUAGCAGCCCAGCCAGGGAGCCGGGGCGCGGGCCGGCCAACCUCUCAACUCCUCCUUGGGACCGGAACCGCCGCCAGCCUCCGGGGUUCGGGGCUCCCGGCCUUCUCGCCGACUGCAUUGCAGGAGGGAGGAGGCAGCGUCGGCGGAGAAGGGUGCAGACUGUCCCAUUCCCCUCCGCCCAGGCUUGGGGGGAAGGGAGCGGGGGCAGAAGCCGCUGCGUCCUCGGGCUCGGGAAGCCGACGGAAAAUCAUGGCCAAAGCGACUCCUGUUAAGGUGUCUGUGACAUUUGAUGAUGUGGCUGUAUAUUUCUCGAAGCAUGAAUGGAAGAAACUGGAAUGGUCCCAGAAAGAACUUUAUAAGCACGUGAUGAGGACUAAUUAUGAAACCUUGAUCUCUUUGGAUUAUACUAUUCCCAAACCAGACUUGAUAUCCCAUAUUGAACAAGGAAGGGAGCCAAUUUUCAAGAAUAAAGCAAAUUUGAAGACAAGUGGGAGAACAAUCCAAUCUGGCACUGAUGAACUGCGUAACUGCAACAACAUUCAGGAACAGCAAUCUGGAAACCAGAGAAAAGCAAAGGAACGCCAUUUUGGUGGUCCUAAAAACCAAAACUCAUCUGGAUCUUCAUCAUUAAAAGAUAGAAAUGUUUUCUGCAGACCUAACCAAAGAAACACCUUGAGAAACUUUUCCUCCCAAAACGCAGAGCCUUCAAUACCAGAACCUAACCGCACUAAGGGAUCCACUGAGAGGUUGGAAGACUCCCAGGGGAAUGUCAGUUGCCAGGAAGCCCCCUCCGGACAUAGAUUCUAUCCCUGCCAUGUGUGUGGGAAAAGCUUCCAGUUCAAAAGUCACUUGGUAAAACACCAAAGGAGCCAUUUAGAUAAUCAAUGCAAGUGCCCAAAGUGCAAGGAAAAAUUUGGCAAGCAAUCUGACUGUAGACAGAAAGGAAAGAAUAAAAAAAAGAGAAGGAACAGAAAAAGAAUCUAUGAGUGCAGUGAGUGUGGUAAGAGCUAUUGCUUGAAGAGAAACCUGAAUGCCCAUCAGCGUAAACACAAUAGGGAGGAUUUCUUUCAGGGAUCUAAAAGGAAUAAGAACUUUACACAGAAGGUCAACCUAAAGAGGUCUGACCGCACACUCAGCAGGAGGAAUGUCUUCACUUGUAGGGAGUGUGGGAAAAGCUUCUGCCAGGAGUCUUAUCUGCGAACCCAUCUAAGCCUGCAUAAGGAGGAAAAGCUGUUUAUCUGUGGUGAGUGUAACAAGUGCUUUUCUUAUCAGUACAAGUUCAUUGAACACAUAAGGGUUCAUACUGGGGAGAAGCCCUUUCAGUGUACCAACUGUGGAAAGAGCUUCCGCCUAAAGGUUAAUCUGAAGAUCCACAUGAGCCUGCAUAAUGGGGUUGAUCCUUACCGCUGCAGUGAGUGUAAAAAGACCUUUGCUCACAAGUCAAGCUUGGUUAGACAUGUCAGAAGACUUCAUAAACUAGACAGGCCUUUUAAGUGUCCUGAGUGCGACAAGACCUUCAAAAGGAAGACGACCAUGAAACUCCAUUAUAGCCUGCACAAAGGGGAAAAGCCAUUCCCUUGCACAAAGUGUGACAAGUGCUUCAGCCAACAAAUUAAACUCACGGAACACCUGAGAGUCCACACUGGGGAGAAACCUUACCAGUGUCCUGACUGUGGCAAAAAAUUUCGCCUGAGGAGAAGUAUGGUGGCCCAUCAGAGUGAACACAAUGGCAUGAAGUCCUUCAUCUGUGGGGAGUGUGGCAAGAGAUUCCUCAUGCAAUACAUGCUCACAGAACACUUCAGGGUCCACAGCGGAGAGAAGCCCUUCCAGUGUGGUGAAUGUGGUAAGAAUUUUACCAGAAGAACUAACUUGAAUGCCCACAUGCGUAUCCAUACUGGACAAAAGCCCUUCUCCUGUAGCCAGUGUGGCAAAUGUUUCCCCCAUCAUUCUAAGCUCGCUCAGCACCUUCAAGUUCACAACAAGGAAAAAACUUUCCAGUGUCCUGAAUGUAAUAAAAGUUUUCGCCAGAACAGAAGUCUGAAGGCCCACAUGAGCCAUCACAGUGGGGAGAAGCCUUUCACUUGUAAAGAGUGUAGCAAAAGCUUUGCCUUGCAGCAUGUCUUCAAUGAACACGUCCGGGUUCAUAGUGGGGAAAAGCCCUUUCAGUGUCCUGAAUGUAACAAGUGUUUCUAUAGGAAGACUACCAUGAAGGUCCAUCAGAGCAGACAUCAACAGAAGAAAUCAUACCCAUGUUCCAAGUGUGAUAAAUGUUUUUCCCAGCGUUGUGAACUCACUGAACAUGCUAAAUCUCACCAAAAAAAGGAGGCCUUCCAGUGUUCUGAAUGUGACAAGAGCUUUUCUCAGGAAAAAUCUUUGAAGGUCCAUGAAAGUCUGCACAAAGGAGAGAAUACACUUUCCUGUGAUGAAUGUGGUAAAAAUUUCACCCGCAAGUGUGAACUAAGUAGACACAUCAAGAUCCACACUAGGAAGGAGUCUUUCCAGUGUCCUGACUGUAAAAAGAGCUUUGUCCAUAAGUCAUCCUUGAGGGCUCACCACCACGUACAUAAGAAGGAAAGACCAUUCUUGUGUUCUGAUUGUGGCAAGAGCUUUGCUUAUGUGGGUGCAUUCAAUACCCACACUGCAGCCCAUGCUAAGGAGAGAGCCAAGAGUUCUAGGUCAGAGAAGAAUUCCAGGUCAGAAGUGAUACCCAAUAGUGCCAGCUCUUUGGAGCAGUAAUCAGAUGGGUGGAUAGUUCAGAAGAAAUAGAAGACUGAUUAGAUUUAAAAAAUCUGAGAGACCGUAAAGUACCUUCCUUCUAAAGCCUUACAUUGAAGCCUCUCUUUGCCCCUUCCUAACAAUAAUUUUUCAUUUGAGUUCACAUUGCUCUUAUUGAUUCCUUUAGUGCCUUCUAAAGGUGUGAACAAUCCUUUACCCAUUUGAUCCUUCUUUCUUUCUCUCCUCUAGGAAUUUCAUAAUCUUAUACACAUCUUAUAUACUAAAAAAAAGACCAUGAAUGAGGACAUAUGAAGGGGUUGAAACUGUCCCUUAGGAUGAUGCAGUCUCAAUUUCCCUUUUUCUAGAAUUCUUUGAUUAAAUUUAGCAGGAUCUUUCCUAUAAAUUAAUAAUUGUUUAAUAGGGAACAGAUUCCUGAAAGAAAGUUCUAUUUGUUAUUUUUUAAAAAAGUAAUGACAUCAUCUUAGAUUUUAGAAUAAUUAUCCUCUUAAGUCUUAAUCAUUCCCUUCAGAGUUGUAUUAAAUCUUUCUACCAGGAAAUGACAUUGUUGGUGACAAACAGGCUUUACAUUUAAUCCCAGUUUACUUCCACAGGUAUUUAUCACUUCUGAAAAAUCUGUUAGGAUCACUAAAGAAAAUGCCAGAUGAAAAAAAAAAAUCAGUAAAACCUUAGCCACUUUUUGUUCCUUUAUGGAGGCCAACAUUAGUGCUUUUGAAUACCUUGUGGCAUAAACUACCAUAGCAUGAGUUGUUAUUUUAAUGGUAAAUGGGCUUAAGGAACACACCUACUUAGACCUAUGUACUCCAUAGAAAAAUUUUCUUAAGAAUGGGCAAAUAAAUAAAGCUUUACUUUGGUGUUCAUUUUUGAACAUUCUCAAAAGACUGAGAACUUUGUCACCUGCUGUAUUUUCUUAGGUCAGAAGAAAUUUAGAAACUGCCUUUUGAUUUUUAAUAGCUGGAUGAUUUACCAAUAUGUAUAUUUAAUAUAUAUAUAUAUUUAUAUAUAGGUGCAUUGUGCAUAUACAAAGAUCCUGAUACAGAUGUAGAUUUAUUUUGAUAGAUAGAUAUAUUUCUACAUAUAGUAAACGAUGACUAAUUCAACAAUCCUUUCAUGUGUUACACACAUACACACAUACAUGUGUUUCUGGAGUUUCCCUAUAAUACUUAGGAUCACAAAGUUUGAAAAAUUUUCAUAACCUGCUGCUUUCUAAUUAUUUGCUCUUUUGAAGCCCACAGUUACCGAUAAAGCUAACUUGAGAUUGUUGAUCAAGAUUAUACAUUACUUUUCCUUAUAAAUUUCUUGAAAUUUGGCCUCUGCUUUUUAUUUCUAAAGGGAUAAAUCUCUUCCCUCUCCUCCCCUCCCCCCCGCCAUAUUUUAAAACACAGUUGAACAGAACUAUUUUAAAAUUAGGAUUUUAAUAGUGGUAAAAAGAAAAAAAUAUAGAUAAAAGAUGUAAGAAUUUCAUUGGAAAUAUAAAAAAAGUUUGUUUGGACCAAACUAGAAAUAGCUUAUAAAGUCUUCAAUCAGCAAAUAUUUAUUGAAUUUCCAUUAUGUACAAAGGACCUUCCUCCAUCCCCCGUUAGCUUUUGGUUAUAGCCGCUGAUGUGUUCUAUAGUAGGAAUUUAAUUGCCUUAGUAUUAUUAUGCAAAUAAUUUUGACCUUGAGAAUCUUAGAAAGGGGCCUCCAGUCUCCAGGAUUACUGGACCACAGUUUGAAAACCAUUGCUUUAGAUGAUCUUUUAAGUUCCCUUCCUAGUUCUAAAUCUGUGAUCCUAUAAUUAUGCCUUUGAGGAUUUUUUUUUUAAUCCAAAGUGACAAUCAUUAUCUUAGAAAGGACAAUAAAAAUAGACUUGGUGAAGAGAAAGACACUAUUUUAUGCUCAAAGGCAUUAUAGUACUUGUGAGCAUUUUUUAAGACAAUCAAAUGAAUUAUAAGACCUAAAUAGAAAGACAGUAAUUAUUGAGGCCAUUCAAAUUUAAGUAAUUCUUUUAAAGAAAUAAAGAAAUUAUAAAUAUGAACAAAUGUUUUCUUUCAAAAUCUAGAAAUAACAGGUGUUUGGAGAUUAGUGAAUGGUAAUCUCAAGGAGUAUACCUGUUUUUAGGAUAUAAUCUGCAAUACUCUGCAAAAAUUGAUCAUGUUAUGAUCAUGAUUGGCAUGAGGAAUUUAUAAAUAAAUGCAAGGAAAACCAAGUGGAUGA